AUGGUGCCAUCUAAACCUCAAAUUAUAUCGCUGAAUAGCCCGGAAGAAUUCAAACAUUUUUUGGAAGAAGAUGAGCGUCUCUGUGCGAUAAAAUUCCAUGCAUCUUGGUGCAAGUCUUGUAAAGUGUUUGGGAAACAAUAUGAACGCAUCGGCAAAGAGAUUGGUAAUUUGGUGGCCAUCGACGACAUUUCCACUGUAACUCGGAUGGGUGAAAUACGGCUAGCUGAGAUCGAGUACGGGAAAAAUGCAGAUCUUUGUAAAAGUCUCGGAGUCAAGAAGGUUCCUUCCAUUUUCUUUUAUUUCAAAGGAAACAAGCUAGAUGGAUUUCCGUGUGGACCGAAGAGAAUUGCCCACACAUUGGAACGACUAAAUCAUUAUCGGUCUCUAUCGUCUACCGAACUGGAUUUUGAAGCCGACAUGGGCCAAGGAAAUGUUCUAGGAGAUGCACUGCUGGAAAAUCUUCAAUCUCAGAGGAAGAAUCCGGACAGAGACAAAGACACGACCUCACACCAGGAAGAGCAAUCUAACGUUUCAAACCGAUAG